AUGUCUGCAGCCCUGCUCUACACGCUGCUUGCUGCUUUACUGGCGUUGGUUUUACUCAUUCGCAAAAAAUAUCCCUAUUUUUGGCACGAUGUUAGAUACUGCUUCAUUGUGAUCGGGAUAGCUGUGCGGACGGGCAAAUUCCAGAAGCAGAAGCCCUACUUCACCAUCCUGGACAGAUUUUUGGAGCAAGCAAAGAAACAACCGCACAAAACUUUCAUUAUUUUUGAAGGGCGUGAGUACAGCUACAGUUACGCGGAUACUCAGAGUAACAGAGUAGCCCAUGCUCUGCAGACUCACACGGAUCUGAAGGAGGGGGACACGGCGGCCUUGUUCGUGGGGAAUCAGCCUGAGUUUGUGUGGCUGUUUUUGGCUUUGUCCAAACUGGGCUGCACCGCGGCGCUGCUGAACACCAACAUCAGGUCCAAGUCCCUGCUGCACUGCUUCUCCUGCUGCGACGCCAAAGUGCUGCUGGCCGGAGGAGGUACGUGCGUGUGUGUGUGUGCGCUGUAG